AUGAAUCGUUCUAGUCUACAAUGGCUCGGUCUAGCUGCCGAUGUCAGACCAGUAAAUGUGAUGGCAUAUCUCCUGUCGUCUUUUUUGUCAGUAGCAUGUCUUGUUUUCUUGAAUGCAUCAACCAGUUUCGUCUUGACGGCAGUUGUCCGUUUACCACUUGAUCAUCUGGGUCGUGUGAGUGGAUCCCUGGUUCUGUUGGAUGAACUCGUAGCACUGCCGGCUGUACUGGUCUGGGGUAGAUGCGCUGACCUAUAUGGCUUUCGGUUUGUGAGCGUCGUAGGCCACGUUCUAGUCGCUAUCGCCUUGAGUAUAUUUGUCCAAGCUAGAUCAACUCUUGAAUUGUGCUUUGCUCGUGUCCUAGUUUCGAUUGGCUUCGCCGCUCUUACAACUAUGCUCAGUGCCACCUUAGGAUCCCUAUCAACUUCCAUAGCCGUGAACACGGUGCCUUCAUCCUCUGAUGAACAAACCGAGACGACCCCGCUGCUAUUGUCGUCAUCGCCCGUAGUGUCGGAAUGCAAGCAUCUAGAAGACCAACGCUCGGCUAAGCUUUCAGGUAUCAUUGGUUUUAGCAGUGGCUUAGGUGCCCUUUUCGCCGUAUUUUGCCUUCUCAGACUUCCCCCGCUCAUAGUCAACAGAUUUCCUACGCUAUCGCCACGAGAUGCGCUCAAGGAGGCUAUCAAAACUUCUUUUUAUAUAACAUCGGUCCUCGCCCUCUUAGUUGGGUUGUCUUUGAUUGUCGGACUUCGUCGGAGAAACGAAGGAUACUCGUUGAUUUCUAAAAAUCGAUCAACUUCCACCAGAACUGGUUGGUGGAGCUCUUUGCGUCCCCUUGCUUAUGGGUUCGAUCUUUGCCUAGAGGAUCCUUAUCUCGUAGUAGCCUAUGCAGCAGGAUUUUCUGCGCGUGCCACUACUAUCGCGGUCUCGGCAUUCAUUCCCGUCCUCGUAAAUCAAUACUACAUCGCCAGUGGCCAAUGUCAACUAGACAGGCCAAACGUCCCUUCCGAUGAGGUGAAAAAAGGCUGUCACGCUGCAUUCGCAUUAGCAAGUGCUUUGACAGGCACGGUCCAGCUGUCUGCCUUGCUUCUGGCUCCCCUCGUCGGAUGGCUCGCAUCCCAUCGGUCCCAGCCCGCCUUGCUUGCAUUCUCCAAUGCAGUUGGCGCGAUUGGAUUUUUGACCAUGGGACUACUGCCAAAUCCCCGACAUUGGUUGAUGUGGCCCAUAUGCGUUGCGCUGGGUGUUGCACAAAUAUCAGGGAUUGUUGUAUCUUUAUCUCUAUGCGCCAGUGGGCGCUCUCGCAUUCAAAACGCUAUCUUCACUAGGAAAAAGGCAUCUUUACCACCAGUCGCACCAUCUGAUGAGCCUUGUACAGCUAAUCAGUCAACGCAAGACGUAAUCCAGAAUCAAUCCGACAUCAGCGGGGCUAUUGCUGGCGUCUAUUCUCUAUGUGGUGGUUUGGGCAUCCUCGUCGGAUCCAUUGGUGGGAUUCUGGCAGACUGGCAACCACAGGCACCGUUUUUUCUAACGGGUGCUCUCACUGCUACUGUUUCGCUGCUUUGCUUUAGCUUUCUUUGGUGUAGAGCUUCACAAAACUCCAUAUCAUGCUUGGUCAGCGUAACUUGA